AUGGCCUUUUUGGAUGGGACGAGUGAAACUGAUGCUAUGCUAUGCCGAGCCAAGACUCCGCACUGUCGUCAUACAUCCCCAGCACUAGCAAGUGAUCCUGCCACAUUGCCUUCAGCCGUGGACAAGGACGACGAGAACGAGACUACCAUCGAUGAUUUGAACAUUAUGGAUGUUUGUCGCAAAAAGUACAAGAAAGACCUCGUUGUCGAUGAUGGGGAGGAUGUUCUGGAAACUGACCUGACCGAGUUGAAGGCGGAAUUAGAACGGGACCUUUCCAAGGUGAAGCUCUCGUUGCCUGAUACCCUCAAGCGACCCAAGGCGACCGAGAAUUCUACGCUUUUUGUCUGGCACGUGGUUUGGCAUACAACUUAA